AUGCCUCCCAAGCGUUCUCAGUCCGCUCUCUCAGUGUCGGCCAAGAAAUCCCGCUCGUCGUUGUCGUCUUCCGUGCUCAAGUCGACGCCCGUCAAGCCGUCCAGCACCUCCAACUCUCUCCUCUCUCGAACCACUGGCAACAGCACCUCCAAGUCGCCCACCAGCCAGCAGGAAAAGGAGUAUGAACGCAGUCUGCUGAAGGAGGCCGAGGGGAGGGACGAGCUCGACGUCGACGAUGCCAGGUGGGACGGCAUCUGGAACAGAACUAGGAGUGCCAUGGGACGGGUCAGGCCCGUCCAUGCCGAGGGUCAGAAUCGGAUCCAGCACAUCCUGCGCCUCUUCGACCUCGAUCCCACAUAUGGACCGUGCAUCGGUCUCACCCGGCUGGAGCGGUGGGAACGCGCCGAGGAGCUGGGCGAGCAUCCGCCUCGCGAAGUCUACGAUAUCCUCACCACAAAGCAGGGCACACUCGACUACCGCGACUGCGUCUUCAAGGAGCACGGCCUCUAA